AUGCCGGUGCUCAGGGGCAUCAAGUUGACCAUCAUCUCCCAGUGGGAAUUGAGGCUCCAUCCUGAGUUCCCCCAUCCAGAGAGCUCACAGUUCACCUCUAGGUGCCCUGAUCUGAAUGAAAGUGUCAGUAUCUCCAAUCUGAACGAGCCAUGCACCUCCUCCGAAAGCAAAGCAGACCGCGUACUUGGCCGGCCGUCGACAGUCUCUGUUUACAUCCCUACUCAACCCGGUGCUCGAUUCUGGCUUCGUUACGACGUAAGAGAAGCUGAAGUGCCAAAGCCUCCGUGGUAUUACUUCAAGCUCUUCAUGAAUGGUCGACAUGUUGCUUCGUGGGGCACUAACCCCGAAACAAAUCCUAGAGGUCAGAUCAUGCGAGGACUGUUUGACCCCUCUGAGAGGUGGAACUACGAAGUUGAUGGCACGAUCUAUAAGAACAAUGGCACAGAAAGGCGACCCUUCUUCUUCGACAAAGAGGUUGAUGGACGCUCCGCAGCAAAUGAUGGAGGUCUCAUCGAAUUCAGGCCGCAGGACCACUAUGGAAUUAUAUUUCCCAGUGGUGGAUUGAUUGACACACCAGAGGACGCCAAGUUUUACGAUUGGCAUCUCCACGAUCCAAAAGAUACACCAUUCGCAACCUUCAAUUUCCACUAUCGCAGUUGGGACAGUCUCGCUUCAUUACAAUUGAUUCCAGACGAUCACCCUCGAGCUCUCCUUAUGCCUUCGCGAAGUAUCCUUUCGCUCAACGGUAUUGAGAUGGAACUAAAGCCGGCAGAGAAAGAAGCUGCAAAACGAGCUUACAGAGCGAGGCUUAUCCGUGAUGAAGAAAUCCGCAAUGGAGCCCCAGACAGUCUCGGAGUUGAUGAAAGAGAUAUGCAGGGUUCCAUUUCCUCGGACGAUUCCGCAAUCCCACGGAUGACAGAUCCAUUCGAUGACAAUUCUGAAAGCUGUGCGAUGGACUCUGAAAAGACAAGAACAUUCCAAGCUCCUCGCCCUCCUAGUCCAUAUCGCCGGGGUCUAUCGCCAACCAAUGACUCAACCUAUAGUUUCUCUGACUCGGGCCUUCCAUCUAUGACACAGCAGGAAUGGCAGGAUAUCAUGGAUCGCCCAUUGCCAGAAAUACCAGUUCAGCACGCCUCCUUACCUUAUCCGCGAAGCCACUCUGCACAGUCUGCUAGUUCUGGCGCACCAUCAAUUACACCAUCACUCCUUUCAUAUCUCGACCGAGAUUCGCUGUCUCCCCCACCAAUUCUUGGAGUCGCUACAGUUGUGCCCGUUGGAAGGAAGAUCUUGAGGAGGGAAUAUGGCGAGGGGUUGCCAAGCUCCAAUGAAGAAUACUACCCCACUGACUCUGCAGAUGUUCCAGAACCACUAACGAUUCCAACAAAGAGACAAGGCGUGACAUUUGCCCCUCUGGGCGGCAAUUUUUCGAAUAUCACGCUGCGCAAGCGCAGAAACUCUCCAAUGAAGAGGCUGCCAAAACUUGAGACGUCUCCAAUGAUGGGCAAUUACGAGCAGGAUGAAGUUGAGCCAGAGCACGGGCUUGUUAACGGGUCAAAUGACUACACACCGCUUUCACUUACCGAAUCCGAAUGGUUGCGCCAAGCGCCGUCUCCAGUCAAGGAGAACAAAAAAUAUUUGGGAAUGGAGCAGCCUUGGAGUUUAGGAGAGGACAAGCACACUGAAGGUAUGGAGAGAAGAAGUUCAUUGCAGAAGAAGGCUAUGGAUUGGUAUGACAAUGUCACGAGAAAUACCGCCGAACACGAUGAUGAUGAUGAGGUGCUGGGAUACAAUGAAGGUGUUAAGAUACCGGGAAACUGGAUUUGAAGUUUGUGAAGAUGGCGUUGGUGUUGGUUUACACGGGACAGGCAGUACAGCUGGAUGCAUUAUGACUCUAUUGAGUACGACCUUGGCUGGGGGGAAUGUUGGCGUUUCAAGAUUCGGCUUAUGCAUAUGGUCAAAUAGGAGUUUGCUGGAGAUUAGGUGUAUUGUACGAAUGUAUUGUAUGGAAUGAAAGUAGCUUUUGUAAAAUAAAUGAGGCGGUUGCGAAGCUCUGCGGCGAAACCUUAUUUUCACGAAAGUAGUAG